AUGAUUAUUCUAAUAUGCAUGGCACUCAUUUGCAUUAUUCUUGCAUCGAUUGUUGCCCUAACCAUUAGAAUAGCUUACAAUUGCAUUUCUUGGGUUAUUUUUGGGACCCAUAAUCUUGAUCUUGAACAAGGUUAUUUAAGAACAUCAAAUCAGCAAAGAUGGCAACUCAAUUUAUGGUCAGAUGAAAAUGAAAAUUUUGACAGUCUCCAUCACUGGACUGUGGAGGAAAGCAGAAGAAAAGCAAAUUGGCGACGACAACGACAUUCUAUUGAAGAUUUGAUGCCGAAAGUAAGAUACGACGACGAUGAAAUGGAAAUUUAUAAGUCUAAUGGUUGUGUUGUUUGCUUGAAUGAUUAUAUGGAGAAUGAAUCAUGUAGAAUUCUUCCUUUUUGUAAACAUAUGUUUCAUUCACAUUGUAUUGAUCACUGCCGUAUGACACUGAAGCGUCCAAUAAUAGUUGUUGAAGACAUUCAAGGAGCAAAUUUACAUGUAGCGGUAAAAUUAAAGGAUUGA